GUGCGGAGCGGGUGCCCGGCGCGGAGAGCUGCGAGCGCAGCCAUGCCCCAGGCCGCCUCCGGGGCAGUAGCAGCGGCGGCCGGGGCGCUGGCCGGGGGCGCCGGGGGGCCGACGGUGGCCCGGGGACGACGAUGAAGCGGCAGAAUGUGCGCACGCUGUCGCUCAUCGUGUGCACCUUCACCUACCUGCUGGUGGGCGCCGCGGUCUUCGACGCGCUCGAGUCGGAGCCCGAGCUGAUCGAGCGACAGCGGCUGGAGCUGCGACAGCAGGAGCUGCGGGCGCGCUACAACCUCAGCGAGGGCGGCUACGAGGAGCUCGAGCGCGUCGUGCUGCGCCUCAAGCCGCACAAGGCCGGCGUGCAGUGGCGCUUCGCCGGCUCCUUCUACUUCGCCAUCACGGUCAUCACCACCAUCGGCUACGGCCACGCAGCGCCCAGCACGGAUGGAGGCAAGGUGUUCUGCAUGUUCUAUGCGUUGCUGGGCAUCCCACUCACGCUCGUCAUGUUCCAGAGCCUGGGCGAGCGCAUUAACACCUUUGUGAGGUACCUGCUGCACCGUGCCAAGAAGGGGCUGGGCAUGCGGCGCGCCGACGUGUCCAUGGCCAACAUGGUGCUCAUCGGCCUCUUCUCGUGCAUGAGCACGCUGUGCAUCGGCGCCGCCGCCUUCUCCUACUAUGAGCACUGGACCUUCUUCCAGGCCUACUACUACUGCUUCAUCACGCUCACCACCAUCGGCUUCGGCGACUACGUGGCGCUGCAGAAGGACCAGGCGCUGCAGACGCAGCCGCAGUACGUGGCCUUCAGCUUCGUCUACAUCCUCACGGGCCUCACGGUCAUCGGCGCCUUCCUCAACCUCGUGGUGCUGCGUUUCAUGACCAUGAACGCCGAGGACGAGAAGCGUGACGCCGAGCACCGCGCGCUGCUGACGCACAACGGGCAGGCGGGUGGCGGCGGUCUGGGUGGCCUCAGCUGCCUGGGCGUGGGCACCGGCGACAGCGCGCUCACCACCGACACGGUCUCGUCCAUGGCGGCCCCGGGUGGCAGCGGCAGCGGCUUCCGCAACGUCUAUGCCGAGGUGCUGCACUUCCAGUCCAUGUGCUCGUGCCUCUGGUACAAGAGUCGCGAGAAGCUGCAGUACUCCAUCCCCAUGAUCAUCCCGCGGGACCUGUCCACGUCCGACACGUGCGUGGAGCAGAGCCACUCGUCGCCGGGAGGGGGUGGCCGCUACAGCGACACGCCCUCGCACCGCUGCCUCUGCAGUGGGACGCAGCGCUCGGCCAUCAGCUCGGUGUCCACGGGCCUGCACAGCCUGUCCACCUUCCGCGGCCUCAUGAAGCGCAGGAGCUCCGUGUGA